UCGCCCAGUGGAGUGCGAACCGUCAACGCCGCGCGGCGAUGUUUCUACGCGGCGGAGUGCGACACGCACUGCUAGGCUGCCACGGCUGAGGGCGGACGACUCUGGGGAGGCAUGGCGCCGUCGCUGCUCGUCUACGUCAUCGUCGUCAUGGCAGUCAGCACCGUGUCUGCUCCUCCACAGCGAGUUCAAAACAUAUGCUACACCACAGCCAACUACAAGAAAGUAGUCACCGAAAUGAAAUCAAAGCUUUGGGGUUGGAAAACGGUGUAUUACAAGCAAACUGUGACCAAGACAGUCCCGAUGAGAGUGGCAGUUUGCUGCCGUGGAUAUCGCUCAGCCCUCAAUGCAGCAUGUGAACCAGUCUGCAAUCCUGAUUGCUCACCCCCAAAAGUCUGCGUUGCUCCAAACAGUUGUGGAUGUCCCAGCCACCUCGCCGAGGACAGUGGCGGCCGCUGUGUUGAGCGUUUGUGUUUGAAUCGGGAGUGCAAACACGGCAAGUGCAACCCAAAGGGCUUCUGUGUCUGUGAAAGUGGCUACCGUCCACAAGGCGAUAGCCAGUGCGUGCCCGAGUGUCCCGGCGGCUGUGGAGCUGGAGGGCGCUGCACCGCCCCCAACAGCUGCGUCUGCGACCCUGGCUUCCGGAAGGCACCCAACCACAUUGGCUGUGAGCCUGUCAGCUGCACAAAAGGGUACGAGUUGAAACCGAAUGGGACGAGCGGGCUGCGAACGUGUCAGCCUUCGUGCGCUUCUGGCUGCCCUUACGGAAGAUGCACCGCCCCGAACAGCUGCGAAUGUUUCGCGGGCUACCAGCAGGCCGAGACGGAAGACGGUCUGGGGACGUGCGUGGCGACGCUGCGUUGCUGGACCAAUGGCUCCGAGGGGUGCCAGUGUGUCACAGGGUACAAGCUGACAGUGAGCGACGGAGGACUACUCGAGUGCCGGCUAGACUGUGGGGCUCUGUGUGGGCCUAACACACUCUGUAGUGGACCCGGCGGGUGCAGGUGCAUGAAGGGCUACAGCGACAAUAGAUCAUUUGUUGAGAUCGAGAGGAACGAGCCCCUCCGCUGUGAGCCCGUCUGCGUUCACGGCUGUGGCGAAGGGAGAUGCGUCGCCCCCAGCAAGUGCCAGUGCAGCAAUCCGCUGAAGGUCAGGCAGACGUACACGUGUGUGAACGCCAGAUGCCACGCCCCGGGCACGUGUAGGUGCUGGCCCAACUACGAGAGCGUCCCAGGGAAGCCCAGCAGGUGCAGGCCAUACUGCGACCCACCGUGCGAGAACGGUACCUGCGUUGCACCUGGCCAGUGCAUCUGCUUAGAAGGGUACGAAUUGCGCAUCGGAAGGUGUAGACCCAAAUGUAAAAGCAACUGCGGCUACGGAAGCUGCGUAGCUCCCGACAAGUGCGAAUGUUGGACGGGGUACGAACUGGCGACCGUCGAGACAGGGCAGGUAACGUGCGUCCCACAGUGCAAACCCGCGUGCGACCACGGCGAGUGCACGGGACCCAACAAAUGCAAGUGCUGGAGAGGGUACCGGAAGAACGGUUCGUUGUGCGAGCCACUCUGCAUGCAGCCCUGUACCAACGCGGACUGCGUGGAGCCGGACACGUGUCGCUGCUGGGACGGAUUCAGCCCCGCACCCGGGGACGACACCGCCUCGGUGUGCCAGCCCACGUGCAGUACCACGUGUGUCAACGCCACCUGUACAGCCCCGAACACGUGUACGUGCCUGGAGGGGUUUGUGCGCGACAGCCGAGACACCACCGGAGCUGUCUGCAGGGUGCCUUGCCCCGCCCGCCUGUGUUCUGAGCAGCUUCGAGGGGAGGAUGGAUGCAUCGUGGCUGCCGAAGAUCAAGACUGCGUGUGUGCAAAAGGCAGGAAGCGCCCUCUCUGCAGCAGUGAGGGGCGCGGGCCACCGCCGUCCACGCGGGGCAAGGCUCUCUGGCUGCUACUGUUCCUUUUGCCUCCUGCGGUGGCCGCUGUGGCGCUGGCGGCGUUCCUCUGCGUCAGGGACAGGCGGAGGAAGUCAGCAACUGGAAAUGUGCCACCACAAAGGCUGUCGCCCGCGGCUUCUGAGCCAACGUCAUCAAAGCAUUCCACAUCAGACGAGUAUGAUGACGUCAGUGGUUACUUCGCAGCGGACACAAAGAAAUUAGUCAAACGUGUCAACGAAUGCCGGGUCCCAAACACUGAAGUCCCACGCAGCCAAGUCACCGACGAUGUGGACGAUCUGUACGAAGGAGUCUGUGGGGAGCGAAGCAGCCCCGUGUACGGUGAAAUAGGUGACGACAAGUCAUCGAGUCAUUACAGUGAGCUGAAGCCAAAUAAUACAAACACUGGAGCGGAGACGACAAGAGGAAGUCACCUCGCCUUCCAAAUGGCUGAAAACGAAUUGUAUGAGGAGCCCAGUGGAAAAGAGUGGUCUCGAGCUUCCAUACAGGUGAUCGAUAACAACUUGUACGUGCCGUACGAAAAGCAACCGGAGAGGAGUACUUUAACUGAAACGGAUCUCGACAAAAUUUACGCAAAAGUCGUUAAAAAGGGUAAGAAGGGUUAUUCGGCUAAAUUAGUCGACAAUGACUUCUACGGCCAGCCCAGCAGAAACGAACAGGAGAAUACUUUUGGGAAAGUGGCCGAGAGUGACGUGCCUCGCAGGGCUCUGCGUCAGACACUGAUCGCGCAGGAACCGGAAGGGCAUUACGAAGACGUGUCCGACGAGUUGGGACGUCCCGCAGAGCUGCGAGAGAUCCGAAAGGAUGCACUCGCUAAACAGGAAGAAGAACGCGAUUACGAAGAAAUUGGCGAUACCCGGCCCAAAGUGCUCAGUGAAAUAGUCGAUAACGAUCUGUACAAGGACUCUGGCAGUGGUGUGAACGGCAAGUGUGCCCGCCAGGAGAUGGAGGCGGACUACGCGGAAAUUGACAACAGAGUUGGCGGGAGUCCAGGUGAGAUAGUUGAGAACAGCCUGUAUGCGCAGACAGGCGGUGGUGGCGGAGGCUGCAGUGUGGGAACCGAGAUGAUUCAGAAUGACUUGUACAGCUCGAACGCCACGGACCUCGAGAAAAGCCGUUACCUGCAUACCAAGAUAAUGAAGAGGAAAGGAAAUAAGAAGUCGUGAAACUCAGGAAAGCUUAAGUGCUGGCCAAGAAAACUACUGCGGAAUGUGUACGUACUUCAGAGAGACUGGAAGAGACAGAGUGUGUGUGUGUGUUUGUGUGGGUGGGUGGGUGGGUGAGUGUGAGUGUGAGAGACAGAAAGAGAGAGAAAGAGGAGAGGAGACUGUACUGACUCAGUUUAAGUUAGGCAGUAACUUGUAAUUUGUACCUGUUUGUGCAUGUAAAUAUACGUUGACUGAGUACUACACAUUAAACCUUUGUUCAAUA